UUUGAAGUUGUCAAAUCAAUCUAAUCAAAAAAGCGAAAAGGUUAUUAAUGAGUGCCUGCGAAGUGUGUUAAAUAACUCUUAUAAAAUAUUUUCAUAACAUAUUUGAAAAUCGACACAAUGAGUUCUGGAUUUAUAUCUGAAUCUGAGAUAUUGGAAGCGAGACGAAGACGUCAGGAAGAAUGGGAGAAAGUGAGAACCGAAGAUCAACCUAAAGAGGCACCAGAAGAGGCGUAUGAUACAAGGCCACUGUACCAUCGCUUGGAAGAGCAAAGAUUGAAGAAGGAAGCCGAGUAUGAAGAAGCACAUAAGCUGAAGAACAUGAUCAGAGGUCUUGAUGAUGAUGAGGUAGGUUUCUUGGACCUUGUGGAGAGGACCAAGGCAAAGGCUGCUCAGCAGAUAUCACUUGAAGAACAGAAGGAAAUGCAAGAGUUCAGGGAGCGAGUAUCAAAUCUAGCAGAGAGUGAGGAACUGAUCAGACUGCGCGCUCAGCUCGCACCAACCCGUACACCAGCGACCGCACAGCCUGCUAAGAAUAAAUUGCAAGGGGUUGUUGUAAGGAAGAGGAAAGCAAGUGAAAUGGAGGGAGACAAGACAGAUAAAGCGGAACCUGAGAAAACAUCAUCACCACCUAAAAAUGGAAUUAUCAACAAUUCUGUACAACAGAAUGGUACAUCGGAGACACCCACCAUGGCCACGACCGCAGGUGACAUGGGGGCACUGCGGUGUGUGGCCAUCCUGCCCGGACUGGGACAUUAUGACACUGACACCUCCACUGAUACAGAUGACUCCAGUGAUUUUGAAACUUGUGAGAAAAGUGGAGUGAAAAGAGACUUACUGGGAAGGAGACCGGAGAGUCAAGAGAAGAAAGACGAAUCCAAGAGUUAAAGGACGAUGUUGCGUUACGUGUUUAUAAAGCGUUCACAUUACAACGGGAUAUUGUAAACUUACAUUAGAUAUGUUAUAUAUUUGUAUAAGUUAAGUUAUAAGUAGGUUUUAAUUCCAUUUGAGGUGUAUUUUUUAACUGACUCUUAUAUACUUGCA